AUGGAUGAUCUAGGUGAGCCGACAUGGGGGAUGCGCGUCACGUUGGCUCUCCUCAUCCUGCUCUUCAUCUCUCCAUCGUCGGAGGAUAGCGGGAGAUGCGUGCCGCGUUCAUGUCGAGACUUCGAUGAGGAGUGCUGGAGCAAUGCCGAGAGUCUCUCCUCUCAAGGUGAGGCCCUUGCGGACCAGGGACGCUUUAGCGACGCGAUGCAAUGUUUCACGUAUGCAGCCAACUCGCUGCAAGAUGAGCGAUUGCUUUCUCGCCCUUCAGCUCUGCCCUACGAGAGGAGGAGGGUGUUGUUUCGGUUGUAUUCUUCAGCCUCGCUGGCAAUAUUGCGGGCGAGAAGAGGAGGUGGAGCAGUCGGGGAUGACUGGCUGAAGACAUGGCUGAGACGCGCCGUACAGAUAGUCUCUCCCUCAGCGCAAAUCUUGUUCGACGAGAAUGACUUGGAUGAGGAGCAGGAGGCAGCAAGCAAGACUCCCCCCGAUCGGGCGGAUGUGGAGAGUUGCCAAAGGAAGGAGUGCGAGGAACAUGCGAGGGAGAAGGAUUGGGAUUCUGCAUUUUUUUGCCAGCAAGAUUUCUUGUUGUGCUCGUCUCUUCGACUUCCUGCCUCCAAGUCUGCCAUGGCUAGUUUGGCUUGGCAGAUUUUCCGCCUUGGUGCCUUUGGCCACCUUCAUGGGAAUUUUCAUCUUGUGGAAAGGCUCAUCAGUGACUUGGAGGCUUUCGAACUCGGGCAGGAGCCCGAGGAGAUGAAAACUUUGAAGCUCAACAACCUUGUGAGCAUGGCAAAGGCUUACGAGAAGUCCGAAAAGUACGCAGCAUCGUUGAAGGCCUAUGGAAGGUUGGACUAUCUUGUCUUAGCAUGA